AUGGGCUGGACUCCGAUGGAACCUGAUUUUGACACCUGUGGCAUGACCAACUGGGUCGGAUCCUUCGACCCCAUCAUGUUCAUCUACUUUAUGCUUGCCACGGUCCUCAUUCCAUACCCUGUCUACGUCUUUGUCGCAACCGUCUUCAACUGGGAACACCGGACCAAGCGGCCAGCCAGACACUACCAGGAUCUUCUGCAUGCGACAUCUUAUGGAGUCAUUGUCUUUAUCUUUGGCAACUAUGCCCAGACCCUGAAGUACCUGAUUGCUGAACUCGACUUUGCAAAGACUUCGUUGCCAUCGUGGAAAACCUGGCCCUUCGGGAUGUAUGCCCUCUUUGCUGGCGCCACGGCUGUGGUUCUUGUCUUUGCAGGAUAUCACAUCUACCUUGGAGUCGUCCUCAACCGGACCGUGCCCGGAUUCUUGGGAUACUACCUUCUCGGAUUGUUGAUCCCCGUCUUCUUGACCCUGAUCGGAUACGCCUGUCUCAAGCAGCAGAACGAGGACGUUUUUGGGUUGUCAAAGCUGUACAACUGGAUGCUCAACCUGAAGUGGAGACGAGAGGCCUACGUCACCAAGAGGAAGUUUGAGAAGCAACAAAAGCUCGCGGCUGCCAAGCAAAAGACCAUUGACCCUCCUGCACCAUCAUCCGCCAUCGGAGAGUCCACAGGAGUGCAGCUUCAGCAAACCCAACAACAGCCAGCAGGUACAGUCAUCGUCCAGGUCGAGGGCGAUCAACUACAAAAUGGUAGCCAACAUGUCAGUCGUACUGGAAGUCAUGACAAUCUCAUAUACACAAACAAUAAUAAUCAGCAGCAACAGCAGCAGCAACAAGACAAUAACGCGUUUCAUUCUCCUUCGACAGAACAACAACCGCAACACCCCGCGACGGAUGUUAUGGCACCUGAGGAGCAGGUCGUGAUUCAGCCUUAUGUGGCUUAUGUCUGGUCGGCAGCGAUUCCUGGAUAUUUCCAUCCUCAUCACUGGCAGUUGUUUUAUACCCUUGCGUUCUUUACUCGGUUCGAUCAUUGGGUGUCCAGAGUCGGUGGCGGUAUCACCCUGGCCUGCUAUAUGCAGGGCAUCAUGGCCUAUGGCUUUGACUACCUGAUCGAGGAAUAG